AAAAUGGAAGGCAACGAAGGCAGUGCUGGAAAUGGAAAUCCCGAGGAUAUUACUAACAAAGAAAAGACUGAACCAACUGUUGAUACUGCGGAAAAUGACCAAGGAAAUGCGAAAAGAGAUGCCAGCAAAAAGAAAGUUGACGUUUUGCUGAAGGCAACAGGAGAUGCCCCUAUAAUGAAAAAGAAAAAAUGGGCUGUGGAUCAAAACAAACAGGUCUCGUAUUUGAUAGACUUCAUCAAAAAAUACAUAAAGUGUGAUCCAUCAGAAUCACUAUUUAUAUAUGUUAAUCAGACAUUUGUUCCACCACCUGAUCAAUUAAUCAGCAACCUAUAUGAGUGCUUUGGGACAGAUGGAAAGCUGGUCCUCCAUUACUGCAAAACUCAAGCUUGGGGGUAGACACAAAAGUACAGUUAGGUCAAUUUAUUUAUCAUUCCCAACAUUUUGUUAGUUUCUGACUGAGGAUAUCAAUUAAUAACCUUUCGGGUACUUAAACGAUAAACAAUUGUAUAUACACAUAACGAUUACAAUUAUUAGAUGAUUCAAUAAUGCAUUUAUAAGUAUUUUUUAUUUCUA